AUGAUGAAGUUGUUGACGUCGGCACUCUCGGCCUUGUGGCUGGCCACGGCGGCACACGGUGCUGUACAGCAAGAUGCAGAGGGCAACGUGAAGAGCAUUGGACUCAGGACGCAUAGCUUGAACCAGCCAUACUUGGACUCGGACAUGCAAAGUCGGUGGUAUGACUUUGGAGGAGACACAAUUAUUCGUACAGACCAGUACAUCCGUCUCACAUCCGACCGGCCGUCGCAGAUGGGCAGCCUUUGGUCCAAGGUGCCCUUGACAGCAACCAACUGGGAAAUCGAGGUCGAGUUCAAGAUCCACGGAAAGAACCAGCUGUACGGCGAUGGAUUCGCCAUGUGGCUCACCAAGGAGCGCGGGCGGGAAGGACCCGUUUUCGGCAACCAGGACCGAUUCGAGGGCCUCGGCAUCUUCUUCGACACGUACAAGAACAACCGGCCCGGCGUCGUCUUCCCCUACGUCAUGGCCAUGGUGGGCGACGGCCGGACCUCGUACGACAAGGACACGGAUGGCAAGAACCAGGAGCUCGCCGGCUGCUCUGCUCGCGGCAUCAGGCACGCCAACGUGCCGACCAAGUUCAAGCUGUCGCACUUCCAGGACAAGUACCUGAAGCUCGAGCUGCAGUACAAGAACGAGGGCGAGUGGGUCCUCUGCUUCGAGACCAACGAGCCGCCCACGAUCCCUCCCGUGGCCUACCUCGGAUUCACGGCCGAGACGGGCGAGCUCAGCGACAACCACGACAUCAUCUCGGUCAACGCCAGGAACCUCUACACUACCGCUCCCCCGACCAAGUCCACCCCUGGCAGUGGCAAGGGCAAGAAGGUUACGGGUCAGCAGACUGAGGGCAGCUGGACCUGGUUCUUGGUGAAGACGCUCUUCUUCUUCUUUGCGGUGGGAGGCGCCUAUGUUGGAUACACGGCGUACAGGACGAAGCAGCAGCGCAGCCAUCGCUUUUAA